AUGGCUCCUUGGAUAGCGGUUACCUUGGCUCUGGCCGGAUUCCUGGCGGCUGCCCAUGCGGCAACGCUCGGGGUGGUCUACACUGAGGGGGGAUUCGUGGAGGGGUCCAGUAAGCGCAGCGGCCUCAUUUCUCCCAGUUUCGUAGACAUCUUCCAAGGAAUUCCCUUCGCUGCUCCCCCCAGAAUCCUCGAGAAACCACAAAGACACCCAGGAUGGUCAGGUACCCUUAAGGCCACCAAGUUCAUGCCUCGCUGUUUGCAGCUCACCCUGUCCAUGACCGACACCCGCGGAGAAACUGACUGCCUGUACCUCAAUAUCUGGGUCCCCCAGCCCAACAAAUCAGUUUCGACCAACCUGCCCGUCAUGGUGUGGAUCUAUGGUGGCGCCUUCCUCCUCGGCGCAGCAGAGGGCGCCAACGUCUUGGGCAACUACCUGUAUGACGGAGAAGAGCUGGCGCUCCGCGGCAACGUCAUUGUGGUGACCUUUAACUACCGCUUGGGGCCCCUGGGGUUCCUCAGCACUGGAGACGCCAACGCCCCCGGUAACUACGGUCUGUGGGAUCAGCACAUGGCGAUCGCCUGGGUAAAGAGGAACAUCGCUGCCUUCGGAGGGAACCCCGAUAACAUCACCAUUUUUGGGGAGUCGGCCGGAGGUGCCAGCGUCUCCCUGCAGACUCUGAGUCCUCACAACGUUGGGCUUAUCAAGCGCGCGAUCAGCCAGAGCGGUGUUGCCCUGUGUCCAUGGGCCAUUCAGCAGGACCCCCUCUUCUGGGCUAAACAGGUGGCUUCAAAAGUGGGCUGUCCUGUAGACGACACCACCGCCCUCGCCAACUGCUUGAGAGCUACAGACCCCCGCACCCUUACCCUGGCCUACAAAUUGGAUCUCACCAACCUUCAAUACCCGGUGGUGCACUACCUGGGAUUCUCUGCAGUCAUUGAUGGAGAUUUCAUCCCCGAUGAUCCAGCAAAUCUGUUCCACAAUGCGGCCGAUGUGGAUUAUCUAGCGGGUGUGAACAACAUGGACGCACAUAUGUUUGCUGGGGUCGACCUGGCGGUUAUCAACAAACCUCUACAUAAUCUCCAAGUGGCCGAGGUGCAGAAGUUGUUGCAGGAUCUCACUCUCCCUAAGGGAGGGUCAGGAGGUGACUUGGCCUAUGAACUUUACACAUCAAACUGGGGUUCCGCACCCAGUCAGGAGCAGAUAAAGAGAACGGUCAUUGAUGCAGAGACGGAUUUUAUCUUUUUGGUGCCCACGCAGGAGGCUCUUGCUCUUCAUUCAAUGAAUGCCAGAAGUGGGAGAACUUACAGUUACGUGUUCUCCCACCCGUCCCGUAUGCCCAUCUACCCCAGCUGGGUGGGCGCUGACCACGCCGAUGACCUCCAGUACAUCUUCGCUAAGCCAUUUACUUCUACAUUGGCUUAUAGACCCCAGGACAGGGACGUGUCCGCCACAAUGAUCUCUUACUGGACUAACUUUGCUGCCACAGGUGACCCCAGCCAGGGACCCUCCGCAGUCCCCACCACCUGGAUCCCCUACAACACCCAGUACGGACAAUACCUGGAGAUCAACAAUGACGUCACCUACAAGUCCGUGAAGCAGGCGCUGCGCUCGCCGUACGUCCGCUUCUGGGUGAACACUUACCGCAGUCUGCCCAACCUGUAAGCGCUGCACUCGAAUAAUAAUAAUAAUAAAACCGAAUUGCGUCUUGUGUCGCCAUUUUUUUUAUUUUAUUUUUUGUAAUCCAGAAAGAGAAGACAACACGACAAUGGUUUCUGGAGUGUCGGAAAUUUAUUGCAAAGACUAGUUUACACUGCUUGUGUACAAUGCGCACUUCAGAACAGUCUCCAUUAAUCCGAGUUACAAAACACAAUGACGCACACAUACAGUCGGGGGGGGCGGGGUUACGGGUGUAAACAUUCGCACCUCGCCGGCGCGGGUAGCACACAGACACACGGAGUCACACGCGCAGGCCAGAAAUGAUAAGAUUGCACUAUAAGGGUCUAUUCACACGUACAGGAUUCGGCGCAGAUUUGUUGCGCACGAUUUCAAGCCGUGUUCAGUUUACAUUGAAAUCUGCGGCAGAAAAUCCUGCGCAUCAAAUCUGCAGCAGAAAAUCCUGUACGUGGGAGUAGACUAUAAAAAGAAAAAAAAAAAUGGAGGAGCGAGAGGUUCUUCGCUUUAGUGUCGCCACAAGGUUUGGCGUAGAAUUAGUGCGAAUUUCCUUUAAACUGCCUCAAUCCCAAUGUAAUCCCCAACCAGUGUGCCUCCAGCUGUUGCAAAA